AUGUCUGUGGCCAGUGGGGGCCUCCAGGCCUGGGGGACCCUGGUGCUGCUGGGCCUGUGCGGAUGGACAGGGGCCAGAGCAGCCGAACCAGGCCCGGUGCAAAAUAUCACGAUAGUGGAUCAAACGAACAGCUCCAUCACCUUGACCUGGACAGCACCUCCGGCCUCAAAUCAAACCAACUACACCUACUGGGUCCACUGGCAGAGUGGGGACGGCAUCAAUGGGAGCCAGAGCACCUCCAAGACCAGUAUCACCGUGAAUGGUUUGAAGGCUGGGACUUUGUACAACUUCAUGGUGUGGGUCCAGGCGAAUGGUUCAUACAGUCAGAGUGCAUCGAAAGACGCAUCGACAGCCCCCAACCCAGUGAAAGGCCUCAAUAUGCAUCAUCGGACCAACAGCACCAUCACCUUGACCUGGACACAGCCGGGGGCUCAAGACCCACAGGACUACACCUACUGGGUGCAGUGGGCUAGUGAGAACAACAUAAAUGGAAUUAUGGGCACCUCAGAUACCAAUAUCACCCUGGAAGGCCUGCAGGCUGGGACUCUGUACAACUUCAAUGUCUGGGCUGAGAGGAACGACGUCAACAGUUCAACUGAGACGGUUGCUGCAUCUACAGUUCCUAACCCAGUGAGAAGCCUCAACGAGCAACAUCGGACCAACAGCUCCAUUACCUUGACCUGGACAGCACCCCUGGGACCAGUCCAACCAGCCUACACCUACUGGGUGCAGUGGAUGCCCGAGGACAACAUGGCAGGGAUUAAGAACACCUCAGAUACCAGUAUCACCCUGGAAGGCCUGCAAGCUGGGACUCUGUAUAACUUCAAUGUCUGGGCUGGGAGAAACGAUGUCAACAGUACAACUGAGACGGUUGCCAAAUCUACAGUUCCCAACUCAAUAGCAAGCAUCACAAUGCAGGAUCGGACCAACAGCUCCAUUACCCUGAACUGGACAGCACCCCUGGGACCAGUCCAACCAGCCUACACCUACUGGAUCCAAUGCUUGAGCCAGAACGGCAUAUCAAGUACACAACACACCCCAGACACCAGAUUCACAGUCGAGGCAUUGCAUGCCGGGACUGAGUACGUCUUCACACUGUGGGCUGAGAGGAACGGAGUUCACAGUGAAAACAGGACUCUCGUUGAAGCCACUGCGCCCAAUGAGGUCACCGACCUGCACAACACAACUCAGACCAGUGGCUCGGUCAGGCUGAGCUGGAAGGCCCCCACAGACAUGUCCUCUCAGAGCUACACGUACUGGAUCCGGUGGGCUGUUGGCAAACAGCUGCAGAGGGAGAAUGAGCCCCAAGGACAGACAAGCAAUCAGACAGGCAAGACCAAUGACACUUGGUACCUUGUGACGGCCCUUGCACCUGGGACUCGGUACCACUUCAGUGUGUGGGCCGAGAUGAACAACGUUGCCAGCGCCAUACAGAGCCUGCAGGCAUCCACAGCUCCUGACCCUGUCACCAUCACAUCCUGUGUGAGCACCUCCGGUGGUUAUGGGCUCUCCCUGACCUGGCCCUGCCCCAAGGGAGGGUACGAGGUCUUCCACUUGGCGGUGGACGGGCAGGCCUUCCAGGAGAGUCGUUCCUGUGGGAGUCCAGUGUCCUUGUCGGGUCUCCAGCCAGCUCGGUCCUACCUGGCCACCAUCACAGCCGUGUGGGAUGGAAUGAGGGCUCCGUCGACCUCUGUGACCUGCUACACGGAGAGCGCAGGGGUAAUUAUCGGCGCCAUUGUGGGAGUUCUGUUGCUUCUCAUCCUGGUGGGCCUGCUGGUUUUCUUCCUGAGGAAGAGGAAUAAGAAGAGCCAGGAGAAACCGGAUCUGGCCUUCGCUUUCCCAGGAGAGAUUCGGGCUGAAGACUUUGCCGACCAUGUCCGGGAAAAUGAGAAGGACAGCCAUUAUGGUUUUGCAGAGGAAUACCAGCAACUGACCCUGGAGGGGUUCAACCAGCCCAACAAGGUGGCCUCAGCCCCAGAGAACAACGUCAAGAAUCGUUACAGAAACGUGCUGCCCUAUGACUGGUCCCGUGUGCCCCUGAAGCUCCUCCAUGGGGAACCAGGCUCUGACUAUAUCAACGCUAGCUUCAUGCCCGGUCUCUGGAGCUCCCAGGAGUUCAUUGCAGCCCAGGGUCCCCUGCCCCAGACAGUGGCUGACUUCUGGCGUCUGGUGUGGGAGCAGCAGAGCCACACGCUGGUCAUGCUGACCAACUGCAUUGAGUCUGGCCGGGUGAAAUGUGAGCAUUAUUGGCCCCUGGAUUCGCAGACCUGCACCCACGGGCAACUGCAGGUGACCCUGGUGGGUGAGGAGGUGUCAGAGAACUGGACGACGAGGGACCUGAAGCUCUUCCACCUGGAGGAGCAGAAGAGCCUAGCUGUGCGGCAAUUCCACUAUGUGGCCUGGCCCGAUCACGGCGUCCCUCACUCCCCAGACCCUUUGCUGGCCUUCUGGAAGGUCCUUCGGAAGUGGUUGGACCAGCAGAUGCAGGGAGGUCUACCCAUUGUGCACUGCAGUGCAGGCGUGGGCCGCACCGGCACCCUCAUUGCCCUGGAUGUCUUGAUCCGGCAGUUGGAGAGCGAGGGCACCGUGGGACCCUUCAAUUUUGUGAAAAAGAUGAGACACAGCCGUCCCCUAAUGGUUCAAACGGAGGCCCAGUAUGUGUUCCUUCAUCAGUGCAUCCUGUGCUUCCUACGGCAAGCGGGGGAGAAGGAGGUCGUGUACGAGAACGUACCGAGCCUGCUCUACGAGAACGUGGCUGCCAUCCAGGCCCACAGGUCGGAAGCCUCUUCUGCAUGAGGGCUUCUGAUGCCAGCCCAGCCGGACUCAAGAUCUCCAUCCUCUCUCGAGUCCAGACUGCUGGGGCCCCUGGGAGAGCAGAGGGCUGUGCCCCAGACCUCCCUGGGUCCUGCAGGAGGAAGAGCUAGAAAACACAGUCCCGUUUCUCUUCGGGGGGAAACUGACUGGGGGACCCAAAGAUCUGA